CAAAAAUAUACCAAACUUCUUCCAAUGUCCGCGUUUACAGAUUUAUUUGAAAAACUCAUUGAAUCUAUCAACAAGUUAUUAGAACCUGGUAAACAACCCAAUGAAGAAAAUUAUCUUGAUAUGUCCGAUAUUUCAGAUCUGUUUAGAGAAUACAAACAAACACAUCCAUCGGAAUUAUUACUGGGACUCCUAUUGCAAUUCCAACAAUUUAUUAGAAUCUCUUUGGACUUGUUGGACGAUGGCGAUUUGACAGAUGCUGGAACACAUCUAUUUGAAUCAAUUAUCCCAAAUGAAUUUGUUGACCGUGAUAUCUUGGAAGCUUUUGUGGAACUGAGAUCCUACCAAUUGAUCAACGAUAUGCAACAAGCAGCACUCACUGAAAAUGAAGACUUGGUGAAGGCGCUCAAGAAAGCGUUAGAUAGUUACUUUCCACAGAAAUUGAAUGAAACUUCGUUUGGAUGGGAUGAUGAUUUGACCAAUUUUUACCUCAUCAACAUGUCAGAAAGGAGAGAUCAGAUCUAUAGUCAAUUUAGUAGAAGUGACUCUGAAAAUGAAGAUGGAUCAUUAAUGGGACCUGUUAACCAUCAGGAAUUAUUAGAAAUCUGGCAUCCUAUCUUAGAAGCAUACUCUCAAAAAUUCAUUGAUGAAAUACGAACCGUAGCGAUUCAAUUUGACCAUUCCACCUCUACUUAUUCCCAGCAAGCUCGAGAAAAGGUACGUAGUCGGCUUACUAUUCAUAAUAGGAUCGAAAAGAAGACUCGGAAAAGGUAUACAAGAUGGACAAAUGAAGAAGUGACAGCAUUGGAAAAAGGUUUGGCACAUACAAGAUCACCACAGUGGGCAUUAAUCAAGAGUCUUUUUCCAAAAGAACUGAAGGAAAGAACAACUUUGCAACUCAGGGACAAAGCUAGAAAUGAGGUCAUGUAUUUGGAAAAAAAUCAUCUACCUCUUGGUGUAUACAAGUAUUCUUUUUGGGAAUAAUGUCUUUUUUUUUUCUUUUCUUAUGUAUCUGUAGUAUAGCAUUUUAUAGUAUUUAUUUAUACAUAUAUAGUUUAGAUUUGUUUGUUGAAUAAUAAAAACUACCUUUCAUCUUCUU